AUGGGCCUACUGUUCUCCUCCAUACUUUCCCGCCUAUUUUCAAACAGAGAAAUCAGGAUACUCAUAUUGGGCCUCGAUAAUGCAGGGAAAACGACCAUCCUCAACAGAUUGCAGUUGGGGGAAAUAGUUCAAACCAUUCCGACCAUCGGAUUUAAUGUGGAAAGUGUAAAUUACAAGAACUUAAAAUUGCAGGUGUGGGAUUUGGGGGGGCAGUCUUCCAUUAGACCCUACUGGAGGUGCUACUAUAAAAAUACGAAUGCCAUUAUAUAUGUCAUUGACAGCUCGGAUGGCGAUCGCUUGGUCAGCACCAAAUGGGAAAUUAAUAUGAUUCUGAAGGAGCCUGACUUGGAAGGAGUGCUCCUGGUUAUCUUUGCAAACAAACAGGAUGUGCAGAAUUGCCUUUCCAUCACUCAGAUAUCGAAAGACUUAAACUUGACGGCGAUUCGGGACCGGCAGUGGGCCAUUUUCAGCACCAGCGCUACGAAGAACGUCGGCAUUACGGAGGCCCUCGACUGGCUCGUCAGCAACAUCAAGUGA